UCCAAAUUCGAAAAGAUGAACGAAGUGAAAACUCGCGUUGUAGAUGGCACGAAUUGUUCGAAGCAAUUAAAGUUUGGCGUAGAGCGUAUACUCUCGGAUGAAAUUUCGUCGAAGAAGUCAGAUAUACUUAGGCCGCUUCCGGUACAAUUUUCCACGGUGCGGUGUCCUUGUCCCGGAAGUUGCGUCAGGUGCGAAGCCCUUCGACUUUGUCCCCCGUUCUCCUACAUUCAAACCUCGAUUUCUGGAAACUACGGGAGCACCAAUCAUGGAAACGGGGUGGUAGAAAAUUAUUCGAGCAUCUAUAGACCUGCUCCACUUCGACCUGUCCCCAGAGUACCGAUAUCGUCCCCCAGCACAUCGACCAAUCAAUCGGAGACCAACACGAGGAGGAAAAGAUCGUGGUCGAGGGCCGUGUUCAGCUCUUUGCAACGGAAAGGGUUGGAGAGGAGAUUCUCUCUGCAAAAAUACAUCACGAAGCCCGAUAGGCGACAACUCGCGGCCACUCUGGGCCUUACGGAUGCACAGGUUAAGGUCUGGUUUCAAAAUCGUCGAAUGAAAUGGCGGCACACGAAAGAGAGCGAAGACUGUGCUCUGACGAACUCUGAUUCUCAGAAGGAAUCGCCUAGGAAAGUGGUAAAGGACAGUGCAAAGAGUGCAACAACUGAAAAGACUGUUUCAGAGGACGAAGAGGAUGUCGAGAUCGAAGUUGACGUUUAA